CCGGAGAGUCCGCGUCGACCUUACAGAUCCUCUGAUUUCAGGAUAAUUUACAAUCUAUUAUGAGAUGCGCUGAGAUUCCUGCUUUCUUUCCCUUCUCACGGUCGCUAUUACCAUGUUCGCGCGACCGUUUGUCUCUUCAAUUUGCAAACGGCCGGUAGCAACUCGGCUUCUCAGACAGCCCCGAAGCCAGCAUCUCCAUGCAUCAUCCCCAUUGAGCCUCCCUCGUCGAAAGGAUUUCUUCUCCUCCAAUGCAUUCCUCUCCCAGAAGCAGUCAGCAGUUGGUGAUACCGCCGAUGAAUCACAACAAGAACUUCACAAGCAGAAAAGGAGGGGUGGAAGGUCACCCGCGGCACCGACUUCAUUACGAAGAGUUGCAGUAGAGGCCCAAAGAUCGAAGGAUGGGUUUAUAUCAAAAGCACAGCUGAAAGAGCAUGGGCUAUAUCAAACGAAGGCAGUCACUGCCUACGCCGUAGCCGAGCAAUUCAAUAUUCGCAUAGUCAGAGACAUCCUUCAGGAGAAAGGCUACGAACCAGACCCCUUAGCAACAGGCCUAUACCCUCAGGUUGUCCAUAUUCAAGUUCCUCUAGACUCCAUCCGGCGAGUCAGCAAUCCUAACACCACCGGUCUAUCCUCGGACGAGGUCGGCGAUAUCUUUGUCUUCCCUUCUGGGACGGUCGUCGCGUGGGCACUUCCUGAAGGAUUUACGUCUUUUUUGGCAACCAGAACGCUACUUCCAGCAGCUGAAGGAGCCCACAUUGAUCACCUGGAAACGGAAGACCUCGAGUACGUCGAGGAUACGCAACGAGAAAACAGCAGCAUUAAAGGCGAUACCAUUAUUCUUGGGACCAAGCCGAGUAUGGAGCUUGCGGAGCCGCAACCGCCCGGUCACCAGUCCGUGAAUACAGUCUUAACGAAGGUCGCAUUUUCUUCUGGGCUGGCCCGAAGCACAAAGCUUGCUGUGCUAGAAACGCUGCUUUCCAAUUACUUUGAAUCUACGAGAGCAAUUCCGACACUUCUGUCUCGAGGAUCCCGCCUUCCUUUCACAAGAGACUUCAUUCUUCGAAAAACGGGCCAGCUACUUAGCGUUCGUGCGCAGCUAAAUCUCUAUUCAGAACUCACAGACUCUCUCCCGGAUAUUUUCUGGGAUAGUCGGCAUGAACUUGGACUUGAAGGAUACUAUGAGCAGGUAGGGCGAGCACUCGAUGUAGGCAUUCGUAUCAAGCUGUUGAAUGAGAAAAUGGACUAUGCACAGGAGAUAGCCAGCGUUCUCCGAGAGAGAUUGAGUGAGACACAUGGCCUCCGACUAGAAUGGAUCAUCAUCUUACUUAUUGCUGUCGAGGUUGGCUUUGAAGUUCUUCGGCUCUGGAAAGAACGGGCCCAGGAGCAAGCGUCUGCAGAAGGGAAGGCUAGCAACGCAUGAAUAUUCUCCAUCCAUGUAUAUUAUUAUGACAUGAUCCUCUCCUUGAUGUUGCACGUCUAUUUUCUUGUUAUAUAUUAUACCCCCUACUCUUAUUAGAAUAAAACGAAACAUUCCAAAGUUGG